UAACCGAGUCCAUUCCGCACUCUGAGCUGAAUCCAGUCCGUGUUUGCGAGGCUCCAGCCUAUCUCGGUAAAAUGGCUGUAUGAGCCUCGUGCUGGUGUGAUCCGUUCCUCCGCUGUAGUCUAGUUCUGUAACAGAAACCCCCACAAUUUCUGUGUCGGUUAAAUUCACUCCCGGGACCUCAGUUCACUAACACUUAUUCUGCAAAGCCGUGCCGACGGUACAGUCCGGAUUCGGUCCGGCGGCAGGGGUGGGGAUGAGUCGGGACGCGGGUAAAUUGUUGUAAAACUGCUGUAUUUACAUUCAAUGUUGAACGUUUGAUUGUGACUGGACUCGCCGAGAGGGAGAGAGGGGUAUCAUGGCCGCUCAGGUCGCCAGCGCUACCUCUCUCAACACCAGUCCGCCUUCCGAGCUGAAAAAACCGGAUCGAGACCCAAAGGAGGAGUCGGUACCGGGGGAGAAGCAGCAGGAAAAUAAGGAGCCGGGACUCGAGAGCGGAUCUCCGGGCCGUGGGGAGCUGCACGACCGGGCCGAUGUUGGAAAUGCAGGGGGAGGAGGGGAGUCGGAGAUGAAGAACGGGAACGGAAACCCUUCUCGAGUGAAUAAUACUCAAAAUGAUACCACUGGACCGGAGGGGAGUACCCACCCGGGGAUGGUACACCACCACGCGUCCGCUUUUCCACCGCCUUCCUACGGUUACAGUCAACACUACGGACGGGCCCCUUUUCAUCAACAUGGCGGACAACAAAGCCCUGGCAUGGCAGCUGCAGCGGGGCCAGGCGCUCUGUCUAGCAACAUGAUGGACCCGUAUCAGGCAAACUCGCACGACCACGGCUUCCCUAACCACCACUUUAACAGCUACGGCCCGUUUCCGAGCCGGACGCCCUACCCCGGCCAAGGCUACGCCGUGAACUCCCCGCGCAAUACUCCGGCUCAGGCGGCAGGGGGGCAGGCAGCCAAGCCACAGCCAGCGGGAGGAUCCACGGCUAUGGCUGCAUCGUACAAUAAUCAGAGGUAUACUAUGGGAAAUCCACAGCCCACGUCCACCCCGACUCUCAACCAGCUCCUAACUUCCCCGAGCUCCAGCCGGGGUUACCCGAAUUACCCCCAGAGCGACUACAACAACCAGGAAGGUGCUAACAAGGGACCAGCGGAGAUUGGCAGUAGCGGACAGUAUGGUGGGGGCCAUCCGGGUUGGCAACAAAGGACCCAUCACCCGCCGCCAAUGAGCCCGGGAAGUACAGGGCAACCUCUUGGUAGAAACCAGGCUCCAGGCGCUAUGGAUCAGAUUGGAAAAAUACGAGGUCAGCCAUAUGGAGCAGGCAGCCCUUACUCUCAGCAGCCCCAUCAAGGGCCUCCAGGGCCACAACAGGGACCUGCCUAUCCAGGCCAGGGCUAUGGGCCUCCUGGUCCUCAAAGAUACCCCAUGGGCAUGCAAGGGCGCAUGCAGUAUGGCCAGCAGAUGGCCUCAUACGGACAGCAGGGACCAGGCGGGUAUGGACAGCAGGGGCAGCAGCCUUAUUAUGGUCAGCAGGGCCAGGGCCCCCUCACUGGUCAGCAGCAGUCAUCAUACCCUCAGCCUUCUUCAGGCCAGCAAGGCAACCAGGCACCCUACUCCCAGCAGCCCCACGCUUCACAGCCAUCUGCCCCUCAUGGACAAGGUGGCUCACCCUACCAACAGUCUCACAUGCCCCAGCAGUCCCAGGGGUCAAUGUCAGGACCUCCACAAGGUCCAUCUCAAUCACAGUCUCCAUACUCUCAGCCUACGGCUCCACAGUCCAGUCAGCCGCCCUACACACAGCAACAGGUGCCCCCAUCUCAGCCUCAGCAACCAGUCAGUUCCCAGGUUCCACCAGGAUCACAGGCUCAGCCUAACUACCCCCCUGGUCAAGGUCCUCAGCAGCCCCCCUCACAGCAGCCAUCGCAAACCCCCACGCCCGGCUCCCAGCAGCAACCCACAGGACAUGGCCAGAUGCCGCAGGGACAGCCCACAUCAUACCCCCAGAAUGCUUCACAGCAGCAACAACAGCAGCAGCAGCAGCAACAGCAGACACCUUAUCAGAGGUUUCCUCCUCCUCCUCAGGAGAUUUCCCAAGAGUCAUUCAGCUCCCAGUCCAGUGCUCCUCCCUCCAGUCAACCAGUGGCGUCCUCCAAGGCUGGCUCUGAGGACAUGCAGGGCAGGCCCUCCAGUCUUCCUGACCUCUCAGGCUCUAUUGAUGACCUGCCCACGGGUACAGAGGGAGCCCUCAGCCCUGGUGUCAGCACAUCUGGAGUGUCCAGUAGUCAGGGGGAGCAGAGCAACCCAGCACAGUCCCCGUUCUCUCCCCACACCUCACCUCACCUACCAGGCAUUCGUGGCCCUUCUCCCUCCCCAGUCGGCUCGCCCGCUAGUGCCACCGCAUCCCGCUCCGGACCCCUCUCUCCAGCUGCCAUGCCAGGAAACCAAAUGCCUCCUCGUCCACCUAGCGGUCAGUCAGACGGCAUGAUGCACUCUGCUAUAAACCAGCCUGGUGGAAUGGGCCAGGAGAGAGGAUUUAUGCAAAGGAACCCUCAAAUGCCGCCUUAUGGAUCUCCCCAGUCUGGCUCUGCUCUGUCACCUCGUCAGUCUUCGGGAGCUCAGAUGCAUGGUGCUAUGGGGCCUUAUCAACAGAAUAACUCAUUGGGCAGCUAUGGGCCUCAGGGUGGCCAAUAUGGCCCACAAGGUUACCCCAGGCAACCAGGCUACGGCGGCAUGCCAAACGCAAAUUACCCAGGCCCUGGGAUGGGCGGAUCUAUGAAUCCUAUACCUGGCCAAGGAGGAGGACCAUCUUUUGCUGGCAUGCCUCCAGGUAGAAUGCCCCAUGGACAAAUGGGUGCUCGUCCUUAUGGUCCCAACAUGGGCCCUAAUAUGGCACCCAACAUGGCACCCAAUAUGGGCAACAUGCCUCCACAGGUGGCUUCUGGGAUGUGCCCACCACCAGGCAUGAACAGGAAACCACAGGAAGCAGCUGCCAUGCAACAUGGGGCCACAAACUCCAUACACAACAGGCUGCCUGGAUACCCGAAUAUGUCUCCUGGUAUGAUGGGCUCAGGGCCUCCUUAUGGGCCCUCCAUGAACAAUAUGCCAGGAAUGAUGAACACCCAGGCACAGCCCUUCCCUAUGGGUGGAAACAUGCCCAACAACAGCAGUGGCAUGUCUCCUGGUCCAGAAUAUGGUAUGGAUGGCAAAAUGAACCAGGCCCCGAAGAUAAAUAACAAGGUGGAGGGGACACCUAAAACGGAGUCCAAAUCAAAGAAGUCAAGCUCCUCCACAACAACCAAUGAGAAAAUCACGCGUUUGUACGAGCUGGGCUCUGAGCCAGAGCGGAAGAUGUGGGUGGACCGAUACCUAGCAUUCAUCGAGGAGAAAGCCAUGGGUAUGACCAACCUGCCCGCUGUGGGCCGAAGGCCUCUAGAUCUAUUUCGCCUCUAUGUGUCUGUCAAGGAAAUUGGAGGUCUUACACAGGUGAACAAGAAUAAAAAGUGGAGGGAACUUGCUACAAGCCUAAAUGUUGGUACGUCCAGCAGUGCAGCCAGCUCUCUGAAGAAGCAGUACAUUCAGUGUCUGUAUGCUUUUGAAUGUAAGAUUGAGCGUGGAGAAGACCCACCACCUGAUAUCUUAUCUACAGAGAGCAAAAAGAACCAGCCUAAGAUUCAGCCACCUUCACCAGCUGGAUCUGGCUCUCUACAGGGUCCACAGACCCCACAGUCGACAAGCAGCUCUAUGGCUGAGAGUGGAGACCUGAAGCCUCCUACUCCCGCUUCCACACCACAUAGUCAGAUGCCCUCAAUGCAAAGUGGCAGGAGCAGUGUGAACCUUCAGGAUCCAUUUGCUGAAAGUAAUGACCCAGCCUUCUCCAGAAGAAACACUAUGACCCCUAACUCUGGCUAUCAGUCCGGCAUGAGCACUCCAGAAAUGCCUACUCGCAUGGGCCCUUAUGAGCCCAACAAAGACCCUUUUGGUGGAAUGCGCAAAGUUGGUGAGCAGUUCAUACCAGGUGGACAGGGUCCUAACAGCACUCUUGGAGAGCAGUUCAAUCGUGGACAAGGAGGUCCAAUAGGCAACAUGCCCAUGGGACAAAGGCAGCAGUAUCCAUAUGGGCCAGGUUAUGAGAGAAGACCGGAGUCAGGGAUGGGCCCAGAAGGCAGCAGUAUGGGGCCUGGAGUGCCACAACCAAACAUGAUCCCUUCCAACCCUGAUGCUGGGAUGUACUCGCCAAAUCGCUAUCCUCCACAACAACAGCGGCAUGAUUCCUAUGGUAAUCAAUAUCCUGGCCAGGGUGCGCCUCCUGGUGGCUCUUACCCAAAUCAGCAACCAGGAAUGUUUCCACAGCAGCAGUCCAACUACAAAAGACCAGGAGAGGGAGCUUACCCUCCAGCAAAACGACAUCAUGACGGUGAGAUGUACAGCGGGCCCUACAGUGGCCAGCAGCAACAGCAGCAACCUCAGGCUCCUCCCACUGCCCCCUCAUCAGGCCAGCAGGAUAUGUUUAACCAGUAUGGUAGUUCUUACCCAGGAUCAGAACGGCGACCACCUGGGCAACAAAACCAGUUCCCCUUUCCAUUUGGAAGAGAUCGAAUGCAGCCUGGGUCUGGCCCCAACUCUCAGGGCUCUAUGCCCCCUCAGAUGAUGGGUAGCUCAAUGCAGUCUGGCCCUGAUGGUCCACAGGGUGCUAUGUGGCAAGGCCGAGGCGAGAUGGGUUAUUCCAACUAUCCUAACCGACAAGGCCCCCCUGGAGGACCUGCACAAGGCCCUGGAUACCAUGGCAUGAAUCGAUCUGACGAAAUGAUGUCAUCAGAACAACGCAUGAACCAUGAAGGACAGUGGCCAGGGCAACGGCAACCCCCCUACACCCCAGCUGGGACCGGCCCGCCCAUGAACCGACCAUUGCAGUCCAACUACCAGUCUUCCCAAUCCAUGCAGAACCACAUUCCGCAGGUGUCCAGCCCCACACCAAUGCCCCGCCCCAUAGAGAGCCGGACUUCCCCCAGUAAAUCUCCUUACAUGCACAGCAACAUCAAGAUGCAGAAGGCAGGUCCCCCAGUCCCUGCAUCCCACAUAAUCCCCUCAUCGGUACAACCUCCACUGAUGAGAAGAGACCCUCCAUUCCCUCCAGGCUCUGUGGAGGCCUCCCAACCUGUUCUAAAGGCACGCAGGCGGCUCACCAUGAAAGAUAUUGGCACACCAGAGGCAUGGAGAGUCAUGAUGUCUCUGAAAUCAGGUCUUCUAGCUGAGAGCACAUGGGCUUUAGACACCAUUAAUAUCCUACUGUAUGAUGACAACAGUAUCUCCAAUUUUAAUCUUAUCCAGCUCCCUGGUUUCUUGGAAUUAAUAGUGGAGUAUUUCAGGCGUUGCCUCAUUGAAAUCUUUGGCAUUCUGAGGGAAUACGAAGUUGGUGAUCCAGGACAGAGAACUUUGUUGGACCCUAAUGCUCUCAAAAAUGAAGAGCAUUGUGAGGAUGAAGAAGGACCACUUAUUGAGGGUUUGGAUGAUUAUGAAACGGAAGAGGAGGAUGAAGGAGAUGAAGACAACUUGUCUUCUGAACCGCAAGAACACAGUUCAUCAGUGCAGCCUCAAAUAAAAUUAGAACCGAGGACAAGUGACUCGAAGAAAGAUGAAGAUAGUAGAGUGACAGAGAAAGCAUCUUCUACAGAGUCCAAAACAUCUGAGCCACCCACUUCAGAUCUUGCUGUGGCUCAGGACAAACCAAAACAGGCCAGCAAAUUUGACAGACUUCCAUUGAAGGUGGUAAAAAAGAAGGACCCAUUUGUGGUGGACUGCUCUAACAAGCUUGGCAGGGUUCAAGAGUUUGACAGUGGCCUGGUGCAUUGGAGUAUUGGUGGCGGUGACUCAACGGAGCACAUUCAGACCCAUUUUGAAAGCAAAAUGGAUUUAUUGCAGCCACGGAAAUGGAUGCUGACCACCCAGGCUUCUGGAAGGAAGAAAUCAGCUCAGAGAAGAGAAACUGAAGUAACUGCAGUGUACUCAUCUAGUCUAGAGCGAAGAAAAGACAAUGACCAAAGGACUUCUCAGCAGUCACCUACAGAAAAGCCGAAAGACGAUGUGUCUGACGUGAAAGAAGAGAAGCCCUCUAAUUGCUCGGAGAAUGCCCCAGAGUCAGCAUUACAAAAGGAGAAAGAUAAAGAGAAGGAGGGAUCCGAGAGAACGAACCAGGAGAGCAGCAAGCUGGCUCUCCCCAAUAUCAGCUCUACCUUGCAGAGUCAGCGCUCGGUCACUGUUCUAGAGGAUGAACCUCACAGCAAGGAUGAAGCCCCACUAAUCACCCUCUCUGACUGGCAGGACUCGCUUGCACGUCGCUGUGUUUGUGUCUCCAACAUUGUCCGCAGUCUUUCAUUUAUCCCUGGUAAUGACUUGGAAAUGUCCAAGCACCCGGGACUUCUGCUGCUACUGGGCCGACUUGUGCUGCUUCAUCAUUGGCAUCCUGAGCGUAAGCAAGCGCCUUUAACAUACGAGAAGGAGGAUGAAGCAGACGAGGACAUUGGUCAUGGCAAAGAAGAAUGGUGGUGGGACUGUCUGGAGCUGCUGCGGGAGAACUGCCUCGUCACACUGGCAAACAUCUCAGGCCAGCUGGACUUCUCGAUCUACUCUGAGAGCAUCUGCCUGCCUCUGCUUGACGGUCUACUACAUUGGGCCGUAUGUCCGUCGGCGGAAGCCCAGGAUCCUUUCCCGACUCUUGGGCUUAAUGGGGCUUUAUCUCCUCAGAGACUGGUCCUGGAGACCCUCAGUAAACUUAGCAUCCAGGACAAUAAUGUGGACCUAAUUUUGGCGACACCUCCCUUCAGUCGAUUAGAGAAGCUUUUUGGGAACCUGGUGCGCCUGGUUGGGGAAAGAAAGGUGCCUGUAUGUCGGGAGAUGGCUGUCGUGCUGCUGGCCAACCUAGCCCAGGGGGACAGUAUGGCAGCCCGUGCCAUUGCGGUACAAAAAGGCAGUGUAGGGAAUCUUUUAGGCUUUCUUGAGGACAGUUUAGCAGCCACACAGUUCCAGCAGAGCCAAGGCUCCCUGCUGCACAUGCAGGGGGCACACUUUGAACCGACCAGUGUGGACAUGAUGCGUCGGGCUGCUCGGGCUCUGCACGCCCUUGCUAAGGUGGAGGAGAACCACUCGGAGUUUACGCUCUACGAGUCACGGCUACUGGACCUCUCUGUCUCCCCUCUUAUGAACUCUUUAGUGUCCCAUGUCAUCUGUGAUGUACUCUUUCUGAUUGGCCAGUCAUGACAGCUGUGGGGAGCUGUGGCUCCACCUUCUCUGGUUUUCGUUCUCUCCUCUCCGCCCGUGUCCCUCGGUGUGCAGGGAAUGAAAAACAGAGAAAAAUGACUUUCCCUUAUUUUUCUUUCUUUCUUUUUUUAUUUUUUUUAUUUAUGCAAACCCCUUCGGAUUCCACCCUUUGAUCCCCUGUUUGCUGUGUCUCACUUUGGGGAGGAUAUCACAAAUUAGCUGUGGAUCAUGAACCAGAGCCUCAAAAGUAAUAGACACAAACUGUAACCCUGUUGCCAACAAACUAAAUGGACAGGGACCCCAGGUUUUAUGUGCUGCCCAAGUGUUACUUUUUAUAACAAAAUAAAUAAAUGAAUAAAAUAAAUAGCAGAAAAAAAAAUUCUUGACCAAAGUUGCUGUCUCGUUUACAGUGAGUUUGGAGUUACUUGUGCCCAUGCUCUCCCCUAGAGGGCGCAGUAAGUGCACGUCUCUGGUUCGUAUUUUGAGUCUGAUUUUGAGAAAUGAACUCUGCGGGGGUGUUGUAGCUGUAUUGUGAUCCUGCACGUUGAGUCCUACAGGAGCCACCUUGUCAUCUGUGAGCAGGAGACCCACAAUGGAGGCCUGUGCAGUAGAUUGUAGACAUUUUCUGUGCAGCUCUGUACUCCAUUUUCCUUCUGACUGUAAAAAUACUGCAGCACUGUUUCGCGUGGAGAAAUGUUGGCUCAGCAUCUCCACUCUAGUUUUUAAAAAGUUUUUAAAAUUUAGUUUGAUGGUAAAGAGAGAACGGCUUUCUCCCCAAAGUAUCGAGAACCUCGGACACCCUUACCUCCUCUCUCUAACCCUUGAUUGUAUGACUUGACCCCUAUAAAGAAAUCACCUCCUAGGACUGAUUUUCAACUUAAGAUACAGCCCAGGCUGUGAUGUAUAUAAGAUGUUGUACAUUACACUUCUUUUUUUUCUGUCUCUCUUUCUUGCCCUCUGUCUGUCACUCUUAUGCUUCACACUUUUUAUCUAUGAAGAAUGAAAGUGGACAUUUGAGCUGGAUUCAUUACAUUAAAUCCUUAGGUAUAUAAAAAGGAACCACCUUUUUGGCCUCCCCACAGUUUCUCCAUAGUACAGCAAACACAAAUGAAAUAUUUUAAUUUCAUCUCCUGGUACAAUGAAAUAAACUCUAGAUGAAGAAACACAGUCGAGAUAUUUUUUUUUCUCCAGUUAUAUGAAUUCUGCAUAUUUGUAUUUCAGACUAUGUAGCUAAAACUUAAUGUAAAUUCCUCCUUUUCCCCUUUUUGGCUCAAUGAAUAUCAUUUAUUCAGUAUGAAAUCUUUAUACUAUAUGUUCCAUGUGGUAAGAAUAAAUGUACAUUAAAUCUU